UUCCUGGUGCUAGCUAUCUUACUUCUUCUGCACUUCCUCUUUUUUUCUUUCUUUCUUUCUUUUGAGUAAAGCAGGAACUUUUUGGACUGUGUUUGGGGAUUUGACGGAGUCAUCUGGGUCGUGGAGUGCUUGGACUGAGGUGGGCUUGGAGGUGUUGGGUGAAAGGUGGUGUUUGAGUUGAACUGGGGCACUUCUUGUGCGGGGCAAGUAAUAUGGGUGAUGACAACAAGUCCGGGAUAGCUGGGGUUAUGGGGAGCACUAGUCGAGAAAGAGAUCGAGAGCUUCUAAUUCCCGUCGCUGAUUCUGUUGAUGCUGACGAUGACUCCUCUUCCAAGCCCUCUUCUUCUGCUUCCUCCUCUCAUCAUCACUCUGGCCGGGAGACCUUCUACAAAGUCAUUAGGAGCUGGGCUUCCAAGAAAUUCAUGACAGGAUGUGUCAUUCUUUUGCCAAUAGCUAUUACGUUCUAUAUCACGUGGUGGUUUAUCCAUUUCGUUGAUGGAUUUUUCUCGCCCAUCUAUGCACAGCUUGGAAUUGAUAUUUUCGGCCUUGGAUUUGUUACAUCCAUCACUUUCAUUUUCUUGGUCGGAGUAUUCAUGUCCUCAUGGUUGGGGGCAUCUGUUUUGAGCCUUGGAGAAUGGUUCAUCAAGCGCAUGCCCUUUGUUCGUCAUAUUUACAGUGCUUGCAAGCAAAUUAGUGCUGCCAUAUCUCCAGAUCAAAACACCCAGGCAUUCAAGGAAGUGGCCAUCAUACGGCAUCCACGCAUAGGUGAAUAUGCGUUUGGCUUCAUCACUUCAUCUGUCAUUCUCCAGAAUUAUUCUGGAGAGGAAGAACUAUGCUGUGUGUAUGUCCCAACAAACCAUCUCUACAUUGGUGACAUAUUUCUGGUGAACUCCAAUGAAGUUCUUAGGCCAAACUUGUCUGUCCGAGAAGGAAUUGAGAUUGUUGUUUCUGGCGGGAUGUCAAUGCCGCAGAUCCUUUCGACAUUGGAUCCGAGAAUAGUUCAAGUGGACAGGAUUAGUCCCGACAGAACUUGAGGCUGAUGACCAUAGCCGUGGCCAAGCUGCUGGUUCCUUCAUAUUUCAAGCUGCUGAUAUAUUUGCCACACGACUCGAUACCAUAGGCAUACUGAACUACAAUGGUUCUCCAAUCAUUUGCCUCGAAGUCUUAUUAUUGUUGUCACAUAUUGAGGAUCCCAAAAGGUGAAAAUGUAGGGCUAUAGCUGUUGUGUAGAAAUGCAGUUAGUUCCCAAGAUAAAUUCAUUUUUUGUUUCAUCUCCUUCCUCUUACCAUUAGCCUGAGUUUGUCCACACAUAUGGUGUCUACUGUCUUUUGAGCCCUGGUUUUCGCAACUCUUCAUUUCCCGAAUUGAUGAAUGAGAUUUUGUACAUACAGAAGGCAGAAUUCUUCACGAUUGUAGCACAUCUCAUAUUAAAAUACUGAAUCUUACGCGAGUUUUGGUGAAUGUUUCCAUACAUUA